AACUAUUUAACUAUUUAGCUCCGAAGCACGGCAUUGGAAAAUUGAAUUAUUCUCUUAAACUGUUGACUUAUUCCACAGUGGAUAUUCAUUGGAAAGUUGUGUCUGAAAUGCAACUUUAUAAGACCAUUUGUGUUGUGUGGUAUUCACUUAGUUUCAAUAGUAAACAACAAUGAGAAUUACUUUAGUUUCAUUGUUUUCCUUCCUUCUUUGCUACUGCGUUUAUAUUAGUUUCAAUAUCACUUUUAUCUCUGCCAAAUGUCUUGAGGAUCAACAAUCAUUGCUACUCCAAUUAAAGAACAAUCUCACUUUCGAACCAGAAAGUUCUACCAAACUAAAGUUGUGGAAUGAAAGCAUUGCUUGCUGUGAUUGGAUUAGUGUAACAUGUGAUGGUAAAGGAUUUGUUAUUGGUCUUGAUCUGAGUGGGGAAUCAAUCUCUGGUGGAUUUGAUAAUACAAGUAGUCUUUUUAGUCUCCAACAUCUUCAAAAAUUGAACUUGGCUGAUAACAAUUUUAAUUCUGUCAUUCCAUCAGGAUUCAACAAGUUGGAGAUGCUAACUUAUUUGAAUAUGUCAUAUGCUAACUUUGUGGGGCAGGUUCCUAUUGAGAUUUCUCAACUUACAAGGUUGGUUACUCUUGAUAUCUCUUCUUUUAGCUAUUUAAUUGGACAAGGAUUGAAACUUGAGAAACCAAAUCUACAAAAGCUUGUUCAAAAUCUCACUAGUAUUAGGCAAUUGUAUUUGGAUGGUGUAAGUAUAACAGCUCAAAGACAAAAAUGGUGCAAUGAUUUGUCAUCACUCCAUGACUUGCAAGAAUUGAGUAUGUCAUAUUGCAAUUUAUCAGGACCACUUGAUUUGUCUUUGUCUAAACUUGAGAAUCUAUCAAUCAUUAUUCUUGAUGGUAACAACUUUACAUCCACAGUGCCUAAAACAUUUGUCAAUUUUAAAAAUUUGACUAUCCUCAGUCUUCCAUUUUGUGGAUUGACUGGAACAUUUCCACCAGAGAUUUUCCAAAUGGAAACAUUGUCAUUUAUUGACUUAUCCUUCAACUACAAUCUCCAUGGUUCAUUUCCAGAAUUUCUGCCAAGUGGAUCUCUUCAAACCUUAAGGGUAAGUAACACAAGCUUCAAUGGAUCAUUUCCAUACACUAUUGGUAAAAUGAGGCACUUAUCUGAAAUAGAUCUUUCUAAUUGUAAAUUUAAUGGAACACUUCCCAAUUCACUGUCAAACCUUACAGAACUUAGAUACAUAGAUUUUUCAUCAAAUAGGUUUACAGGUCAAAUGCCAUCAUUUAGGAUGGCCAAAAACCUUACCCACCUAGACCUUUCACAUAAUCGUAUUAGUGGCGAAAUUCCAUCAUCUUUUCACAUUGAAGGAUUGCAGAAUCUUGUCAACGUUGACUUGAAUGAUAAUUCUAUCAAUGGAAGCAUUCCUUCAUUCCUUUUUACACUCCCGUUACUGGAAAAGAUUCAGCUUUCAUUCAACCACUUCAGUAAACUUGAAGAAUUCACAAUCAUGUCUUCCUCCAUAUUACACAUCCUUGAAUUAAGCAGCAAUGAUCUAUCAGGGCCUUUUCCAACAUCUAUCUUCCAGCUCAGUUCACUUUCUAUCCUCGAUCUUUCGUCUAACAGGUUGAAUGGGUCGCUGCAGCUAGAUAAGCUUAGAAAUUUAACUUCACUAGACCUUUCAUUCAAUAACAUAUCAAUCAAUAUGAAUGCUGACAAGACUUCCUUUCACAACAUUAGCAUUCUAAAUUUGGCAUCCUGCAACCUCAAAACUUUCCCUAGUUUCUUGAGAAACCAAUCAUCAUUAUCCAUUCUAGACCUUUCACAUAAUCAAAUUCAAGGUACAGUGCCAAACUGGAUAUGGAAGCUACAAAAUCUUCAAAGCCUUAAUAUUUCUCACAAUAUGCUCACUGAUUUGGAAGGUCCUUUGCAAAACCUCACUUCCAACUUGGUAGCCCUUGACCUUCAUAACAACCAAUUGAAAGGUGCAAUUCCCUUUUUUCUUAAAUAUGUUACUUAUUUGGAUUACUCUAUGAACAGAUUUGGCUCCUUUAUCCCUCAAGAUAUAGGUAACUACAUGUAUUCCUUAACUUUUCUAUUUCUUUCAAAUAAUAGUUUAGAUGGAAAUAUUCCUGAUUCCAUCUGCAAUGCUUUGAAUCUUCAAGUGCUUGAUCUUUCCAUUAAUAACAUUUCUGGAACAAUUCCCUCAUGUCUUAUGACAAUGACUGAAACUCUUGUGGUAUUAAAUUUGAGGACUAACAAUCUCAAAGGCCCUAUCCCUGAUGCUUUUCCUCCUCUCUGUGCUCUAAGGACACUUGAUCUUCAAAAUAAUAACUUAGUUGGAGAAAUUCCAAAAUCUCUUGUGAAUUGCUUAACAUUAGAAGUAUUAGACCUUGCAAAUAACAACAUCAAUGAUACAUUUCCAUGCUUGUUGAAGAACAUAUCCACACUUCGUGUCCUCGUCUUGCGCCAAAACAAGUUCUAUGGUUCCCUCGGAUGUCCAAAGACCAACGGUUUUUGGCAAAAGCUUCAGAUAGUUGAUAUAGCUUUUAACAACUUCAGAGGGAAAUUACCAGGAAGAUACUUCACUAGGUGGGAGGCAAUGAUGUCUGAUGAAACCCAAGAUGAUUCCAAUGUAAAUCACCUCCAAUUUGAAGUUCUUCCAUUUGCUAAAAUAUAUUAUCAGGAUAGCACGACAGUUUCCAAUAAAGGUCAACAAAUGGAACUGAAGAAAAUUCUUACAAUCUUCACAACAAUUGAUUUCUCAUCUAAUAAUUUUGAAGGACCAAUACCAGAGGUGGUAAUGGACUUCAAAGCACUUUAUGUUCUCAACUUUUCAAACAAUGCUUUCUCUGGUGAAAUCCCAUCAACUAUAGGGAACCUAAAGCAAUUGGAGUCCUUGGACCUAUCAAAUAACUCUUUGGUUGGUGAAAUUCCUGUGCAGUUAGGAAGCAUGACCUUCCUUUCUUAUUUGAACCUCUCCUUCAAUCAUUUGGUGGGGAGGAUCCCAACAGGUACUCAACUUCAGUCAUUUCCAGUUUCUUCCUUUGAAGGAAAUGAUGGGUUAUAUGGUUCUCCAUUGAUUGAAAAACCAAAUGGUAAAAGGGUGGAUGAGCUUUAUCCACAACCUUCAUGUAGAAGGCUAGCUUGUUCAAUUGAGUGGAAUUUUGUAAGUGUGGAGUUGGGAUUCAUUUUUGGACUUGGAAUCAUCAUUGGUCCCCUCAUGUUUUUGAAGCAAUGGAGGAUAAGUUAUUGGAAACUUGUGAACAAAAUUCUUUGCUGGAUUUUCCCUUGUAUGCAUCUUGAAUAUGCAACCCACAGAGGUCAAAGUUACACAAUUUUAAAGUGGAAGUGGCAAUAGUGACUAAUGAAUGAGCUAGUAAAAUAGUGUUUUCUAUUUCCACCAAUGUUGUUUAUGUGUACUUAAAUUGUAAUCUCUGCAAAAAUGGUUUAUGUUUGCUGCAUAAUUACUAUUUUUUGUAGUCACAUGCAAACUUAAGACCCUUUAGUUGUGUGUUAUUUUGCAAGGAAUUGGCCAAAAGAAUGGAAUUAGAAUUAGAUGUGUCUGAUAAGUGUUUAAGAUCUAUCGAUGCAAAUUCAGAUAUUCACAAUCGAUUCAUCCUUAAAUGAAACUCAUUGACCACUUGAGUACCACAA